AGAUUGCAACAGGUGUGACGAGGAAAGAAGGACGUUAAUAACAGGACUAACUGAAGAAAAGCACAGUGGUACAUGAGGAAAUCUAGUUGGAAAGACUUCAAGGAAUAUAGGACAGCUGUUGGAGGCUUUACUAAAACACACUCUGGUAGAAACACGUCACUCGGCUUCAUGGCGGCUUCCGGUCACGUCUCCAAAGUCCGGUCAUUGUACAAGAGGAUUCUGGUCCUGCAUCGGUUCCUGCCGAUAGACUUAAGAGCCCUCGGUGACCAGUAUGUGAAGGACGAGUUCAGGAGACACAAAAGUGCAUCAGCUGAAGAGGUGCGGAGCUUCAUGACAGAGUGGGAGAAUUAUAAGGACACCCUGCAGACUCAGGUACUGGAGGCAACGGAGACCCAAUGCAGCUCAGUCAAGUUUGGGGCCGACCUGCCAGAGGGGAAACUCAACAACUUCCAGGACGACCAGAUAGGCCAGCUGUACGAACUCAUGCUGGAAUCCACCAAAUCCACCAGACAGUUUGACAUCCAGGAGGACAGCAAGUGAAGCAGCGGGCCACAGAAAUGUGCAUGGACAAACAGGAAAGAGAAGGUGCUCUGAUGAUUCCCAGCAACUAAUAUAUUACCUCUGAGUGCUUUAGAUAAAAAGUGGAACUCAAAGGCCAAAAAGAGGCUUUUAAGAAUAUUUGAUUGUAUUAAAGUGCUGCGUAAUA